UGAAAGCCCUAGAACCAUGCCGGAGUUCACGGGACUGCAACACAAUGAAGAGCGACCCCACAUUUUGAUCGUUGGGACCGGGGACCACAACUCGUCCUCGCCUCUUGACAACAAGAACUUCACCUACAACAUCCCCUCUAAAACAUGGUGGCCCUGGUGCGACUACUGGAAAGACCCCCAGAACAUCCUCUUCCAAAUGGCUAACAUGUGCUUCGUCCUCGCCUACUCCUCCACCUGCUCGAAAAAAGGCGUCCUCUUCAUGCACUCCUGGCUAAUCAUCGGCUUGAUGCUCUUCUCCGCCUGGGCUUGGAACAUAAUCUGCGCUCCAGACGUCUUCACCUGGAACUUCGCUUUCAUGCUCAUGAACAUGGCCCAAGUUUUCCACAUCCUGUACCAACUCCGACCGGUCAAGUUCGACCCAGAACUGGAAGAAGCCUACCACGCCCUCUUCGAACCCUUCAAACUUUCCAGGCUGCAGUUCAAGCGAAUGGUGAGCGCGGAGUUCGCCCAGGUUAUGUCUCUGCACGCUGGAGAGGCCUACGCUGUGCAGAAUUUGACCCGGACGGACCGGUUGGGGCUGCUUUUGUCCGGGAAGGUGAAUGUUUUGUCGGACAACCAGUUCCUGCACCCGAUUUUGCCGUGCGAGUUUCUGGAUUCGCCGGAGUUUGAGUCCAGCAGGAACACCGUAGACGACAAAUUUAAAGUGUCGAUUGUGGCUGCAAGUACCUGCAGGUACUUGUACUGGCAACGAUCUGCUUUGGAGUACCUCUUCGUCAAAGACACCUACGUAGGAACGGUACUCACGACUUUAAUCGCUAGAGACAUCGCUACCAAGCUCUACGCUAUGAAUAACAAAAUUGUGACGGCAAAGGGUUCACAUUUGGAUAUUCGGCUUCCGAGUAUCACUUCGUCUUUGACUUCCAGUGGAGAGUACAAAUCUCCCAUCAGAACCAAAAAGACUGAAGCUUGUCCGUUGUCUCCUGGGGCGUUCUCCAAUGACAGUAGUCGGUACAGGUCGUACGAGAAAUUUAAAGAAAACGGGAAUCUUAGCCAGAACUGCUAUUUAAGCGAGAUGGAACCGUUGACUGAGCUUCCUUCGAGUGAUGACCUGACUUCCAACGACGUGGAGAGCUGGCUGGAGACGAGUUCUAAGUACCAUAGCUGUGAAAUUGUAGAUAUGGACUGAGUUAUAAUUGUUUCCAUGUUAAAUUAACUAAAUGUUCAUGUUUGUAAUGCUUUGCCAAUAAAUUCGUAAACACUAUAGAA